GAAUUUAGGAAAAGCUCCUCGCCAGAGUUUUAGAAGUGCUGUACUUGUUCCCUUGCUAUUUAGUUGGCGGUCGUUGUGCUCCCUUUUCUGCUUCCACGGACUCCAGCUGUCCUAAAGCCUCUCGAUUUUAAAUUUCCACAAGAGUCGGGGAGAAAGAAAGGCGGCUGCUAACUGGAAUUUUGUAAAAGAAAAUAAUUAUGUUUCGAAAUCUCGUCACUUCGUGUCUGUUUAAGCACCCCUGCAACUCGACGAGCUCCUUGGCAACAUUUCAUCGCUUGUCUGGUGCUCUGAAACAACAGCUUGCAAUAAAUGAUUUGCCAGCAGACUGCCCACAACUGCCACCUUGUGAAUUCACACCUGAAGAGUAUAAGUUUCUUUCGGAGCAACAGAUGAUGGAGAUCAGAAAACGUUACUGUGGCCCUACAACUAUGGUUAAUACAUAUUACAAGAAACCUGUGAGCAUACGUCAGGGAUUCAUGCAGUGGCUGUGGGACCUCAAUGGAAAACGCUAUCUUGAUUUCUUCUCUGGAGUAGCCACUGUCAGUGUUGGACAUUGCCAUCCGAGAGUUAAUGCAGCUGCAAAGAAACAGAUGGAACGACUGUGGCAUACAACAAAUAUCUAUCUCCACAGUCCACUUCACGAAUACUGUGAAAAACUUGCAGCACUUUUUCCAGAACCUCUAAAGUCUGUUUACUUGACAAACAGUGGCUCUGAGGCUAAUGACCUGGCCAUGCUUCUAGCAAGACUCUAUACUGGGAACUUUGACAUCAUCACCUUCAGAGGUGCAUACCAUGGAGGAAGUCCACACUCUGUAGGUUUGACAAGAGUGGGAAGCUAUAGGUUCCCUGUUGCCACUGGAUUAGGCUGCCAUCAGACAAUGUGUCCAGAUGUUUACAGUGGGAUCUGGGGAGGAAGUCACUGUCGAGAUUGUGUUGUUCAAGCUGACCGGAAAUGCAGUUGCACUUCAGGUUCUUGCCAUGCAAAGGACAUGUAUCUAGAACAGCUGAAAGAUACCCUGAAUACCAGCACGUCAAAGAGUGUUGCUGGAUUUUUUGCAGAACCUAUACAGGGAGUUGGAGGUGUUGUGCAGUACCCGAAAGGAUAUUUAAAAGAAGCUUUCAAAAUGAUCAGAGAAAGAGGAGGUGUGUGCAUUGCAGAUGAGGUUCAGUCUGGAUUUGGUCGAACAGGUAAAGACAUUUGGGCUUUUAAAGCUCAUGAUGUGAUACCCGACAUUGUUACCAUGGCAAAGGGCAUUGCAAAUGGCUUUCCAAUGGGAGCUGUGAUAACUUCCAGAGACAUUGCUGACACGUUAACCAGAGCUUUACAUUUUAAUACAUUUGGUGGAAAUCCAAUUGGUUGUGCAGCUGGCUCAGCAGUGAUUGAUGCCCUUUUAGAGGAUAAGCUAGCACAAAACAGCACAGAGGUUGGAACGUAUUUGCUAAUCGGACUUGCAAAACUACAAAGCAAAUUUGAGAUUAUUGGAGAUGUCCGUGGCAAGGGACUGCUAAUCGGAGUUGAGAUGGUGAAAGAUAAGAUUACUCGAAAACCUCUGCCAAAUGUUGAAAUGGACCAGAUCUUUGAAGAUUGCAAGGACAUGGGUCUUCUGCUUGGAAAAGGGGGUGUCCAUGGACAGACAUUCCGGAUGAAGCCUCCACUUUGUGUUACCAAAGCAGAUGCAGAUUUUGCUCUUGCUGUCUUUGAGCUGGCAUUAAAAAGGCACGAGAAGAGACAAUAAGAGUUUAUCAAUUUGACAUACUGUGGGUGGAAAUGUUUGUAUUUGUGAUUAAAUUAAAUCGGCCCCUGAUGACACAAAAAAAUCAUUUCUUUUUAAAUGCUGAACUAACCACUUUGCUCUCCCUAUAACGUCUGGGGCGAUUUCUGUUGUGGAAGAUGAGUGUAUUUUGUUAAGCAAAUAAACUAAUGAUACACUGUAGCACAAAAGCAGUUCAUAUAUAAAGAGAGUAAGACUAUAGCUAGUAAUAUUAAAAAUGCAUUUUUUUUUAAUUUCUUGAGGAUUUACAGUGCAUCUGGAAAGUAUUCACAGCACAUCACUUUUUCCACAUUUUGUUAUGUUACAGCCUUAUUCCAAAAUGGAUGAAAUUAAUUUUUUUCCUCAGAAUUCAACACACAACACCCCAUAAUGACAAAGUGAAAAAAGUUUACUUGAGGUUUUUGCAAAUUUAUUAAAAAUAAAAGAACUGAGAAAUCCCAUGUACAUAAGUAUUCACAGCCUUUGCUCAAUACUUUGUCGAUGCACCUUUGGCAGCAAUUACAGCCUCAAGUCUUUUUGAAUAUGAUGCCACAAGCUUGGCACACCUAUCCUUGGCCAGUUUCGCCCAUUCCUCUUUGCAGCACCUCUCAAGCUCCAUCAGGUUGGAUGGGAAGCGUCGGUGCACAGCCAUUUUAAGAUCUCUCCAGAGAUGUUCAAUCGGAUUCAAGUCUGGGCUCUGGCUGGGCCACUCAAGGACAUUCACAGAGUUGUCCUGAAGCCACUCCUUUGAUAUCUUUGCUGUGUGCUUAGGGUCAUUGUCCUGCUGAAAGAUGAACCGUCGCCCCAGUCUGAGGUCAAGAGCGCUCUGGAGCAGGUUUUCAUCCAGGAUGUCUCUGUACAUUACUGCAGUCAUCUUUCCCUUUAUCCUGACUAGUCUCCCAGUCUCUGCCACUGAAAAACAUCCCCACAGCAUGAUGCUGCCACCACCAUGCUUCACUGUAGGGAUGGUACUGGCCGGGUGGUGAGCGGUGCCUGGAUUCCUCCAAACGUGACGCCUGGCAUUCACACCAAAGAGUUCAAUUUUUGUCUUAACAGACCAGAGAAUUUUCUUUCUCAUGGUCCGAAAGUCCUUCAGGUGCCUUUUGGCAAACUCCAGGCGGGCUGCCAUGUGCCUUUUACUAAGGAGUGGCUUUCAUCUGGCCACUCUACCAUACAGGCCUGAUUGGUGGAUUGCUGCAGAGAUGGUUGUCCUUCUGGAAGGUUCUCCUCUCUCCACAGAGGACCUCUGGAGCUCUGACAGAGUGACCAUUGGGUUCUUGGUCACCUCCCUUACUAAGGCCCUUCUCCCCCGAUCGCUCAGUUUAGAUGGCCGGCUAGCUGUAGGAAGAGUCCUGGUGGUUUCAAACUUCUUCCACUUACAGAUGAUGGAGGCCACUGUGCUCAUUGGGACCUUCAAAGCAACAGAAAAUUUUCUGUAACCUUCCCCAGAAUUUUGCCUUGAGACAAUCCUGUCUCGGAGGUCUACAGACAAUUCCUUUGACUUCAUGCUUGGUUUGUGCUCCGACAUGAACUGUCAACUGUGGGACCUUAUAUAGACAGGUGUGUGCCUUUCCAAAUCAUGUCCAAACAAUUGAAUUUACCACAGGUGGACUCCAAUUAAGCUGCGGAAACAUCUCAAGGAUGAUCAGGGAAAACAGGAUGCACCUGAGCUCAAUUUUGAGCUUCACGGCAAAGGCUGUGAAUACUUGUGUACAUGUGCUUUCUCAAUUUGUUUAUUUUUAACAAAUUUGCAAAAAUCUCAAGUAAACGUUUUUUCACGUUGUCAUUAUGGGAUGUUAAUACUGGCCAUUACUGCACUAGGGUGCAAGUUCAGAUAUUUUACAAAACAACGAGGAUUACCUGCUGGAGUAGAAUUUGUUUUUAGUCUCCUGGAGUACUUUUUGUUUCAAUUUUUGUUUUCCUGAAACCUCAGACCUGCUGUGCAUUUGGUGUAAAAGCUAUGCAUGAAGAGGGUCCACUCAAAGUGUUGAAUGCAGGGGACUUCUGUACAGAUAACACCACAAAAAGCAAACGAAAGGAAACACAGGCAUUAUUAGGCGCUUUAGCACGGCAGAAAUAUUUUUUUUAGGAACCAGGGGCUUUUUAGAAACUCUAGGACUGUUGUGGCAUUCCCAUUGCAGGAACUCAGGCCAUUUAUAGCUCCUGGUGCUCUUUUUUAGCCCCUGCUCCAGGGUAUGUACUGUUUGCUUCAACCAGGAACUAUCAUGGGUGGGGCUCAGGUGAUGACUUGUGCUGAAUGGUUGACCACAAGCACUGGUGCCAUCUUACAAAUCUGUUCAUAGUUUGGACUUUGGAGAUAGUGAUGGGCAUUUCCAUUCAAUCUACUGAAUCGAUUCUUUCGAACUACCCAUUUAAGUAAAUGAAUUCUUUUGAUUUAUUUUUCAGGAUACCUUAUACUGAAGUCCCUUCUGAUCAACUCACAAAUAUAUAAUUUAAAUAUUUGUAAAUUAUUUUCAUAUACACCAUUGGUCAAAAGCUUUAGAACACUUCAGUUUUACAUUUAAAAUGUAUAAUUAAAUUAAAAUGUUACAUUACAGAAUCACAAGUGAAUGAGAAUUCUGCAAUUCAUUCAAAUGAACGAGAAUCUUUAGACCAGGUGUCCCCAACUCCAGUCCUGGAGGGUCGCAGUGGCUGCAGGUUUUUCAUUCUAACCCUUUUCAUAAUUAGUGACCUGUUCUUGCUGCUAAUGAACUUCUUUUGAAUUCAUUUUAAUUCAUUUGCUCUUGAAGACUCAGACCCCUUAAUUGUUGCUUUUUCCUUAAUUAGCAGCCAAACAAUGAGAUACAAAAUGACAUGACCAGCAAACUGUGACCAUCAUACAAUAUCUGAAGAUAAAGAAGGAUGAAGGUCUCAGGAAUGCUGAUCUGCUCAGAUCCCCAAACCAUUUUAACAGUGCUCUUAGAAAAGAGAAAAUCAACAAUUUCAGAAAUGUAUGCUAUAGCACAAUGAGAGCAGCAACAAGCCACAGAAUUAAAGAACGGGUUUAAUUAACAAAAAGACUCGGCGCCUAGUUAAGCAACUGGUUGGAGUGAAAUUGGUUGGAGUUUGAGGCCCUGACUUAGUUGGUCUUCUGUUGGUUCAUUCACUUCACAUUUCAUUUCUGUUUGGGUUGCAUUUAAGGAAAAAAUGAAGCAAUUCAGAGGAAAAAAUCUUUAAAAACAAGUCAAUUAAAGUUAAUUAGCAGCAAAAACAGGUCACUAAUCAAAAAAAGGGUUAGAAUGAAAACCUGCAGCCCUCCAGGACUGGAGUUGGGGACCCCUGCUUUAGACUAAUUCUCGGGUAGUGACUCGUUCACGAAUCAAAUGAGUCAAGACUCAUACAUCAGGCGUUUCUGCUGGCACGUAAUUUACUCCAGCAGUAACAGCAGCAACGAAACGGGAGAUGAUGACCACGUCACACAAAACACACCUGCUCUAUAUUAUUAGUCCAUUGAGCUCCACUGAGCUGUUUCGUUCAUGUUCAUGAAUCUCCCAUCACUAUACGGAGAGCUGUCAGUAAACAUGGAACACCAUAUUUUGUAACACGUUACUGUUUAUAGCUGCCUCCAUGGUGUGCUGCGCCUUGUAUAACAGUGAAGCAAUGACCUCCCCCAUGAACUCCUAAAUGUACCUCACAUCGCACCACAUCACUCUUUUUUGCAUGUCAUAUUUUUGGCAUAAAGGUCAUACUGUAAGUGACCUAGGGCCUGCAUUGUACAGGAGGAGCGCAUUGGUUCCAGAAAACAAAGUUUGUGUGGUGAGAAAACACCUGUUGUCUAAACGUCUCUUCAGGUACUAACUGUGCUCAAUGUCACAAAGUCUGCUUGUUUUGUAUUUUGUAUAUCAAUAAAUAGGAUCGACAAAAUG